AGCCGAGCGCCAGGCGGACGCUUCAGUAGAGACGCGGGGAAAAUGGCUGAUGACUUUGGCUUCUUCUCGUCGUCGGAGAGCGGGGCGCCCGAGGCGGCGGAGGAGGACCCGGCGGCUGCCUUCCUGGCCCAGCAGGAGAGUGAGAUCGCGGGCAUAGAGAAUGACGAGGGCUUCGGGGCACCUGCCGGCAGCCAUGCGGCCCUCUCCCAGCUGGGACCUGCGAGUGGGGCUGGUUCUGAGGACAUGGGGACCACCAUCAAUGGAGAUGUGUUUCAGGAGGCUAACGGUCCAGCAGACGGCUAUGCGGCGAUUGCCCAGGCUGACAGACUGACUCAGGAACCUGAGAGCAUCCGCAAGUGGAGAGAGGAGCAGAGGAAACGGCUGCAGGAGCUGGAUGCUGCCUCCAAGGUGACAGAACAGGAGUGGCGGGAGAAAGCCAAAAAGGACCUGGAGGAGUGGAACCAGCGCCAGAGUGAACAAGUCGAGAAGAACAAGAUCAACAACCGGAUCGCUGACAAAGCAUUCUACCAGCAGCCAGAUGCUGAUAUCAUCGGCUAUGUGGCAUCUGAGGAGGCUUUUGUGAAGGAAUCCAAGGAGGAGACCCCAGGCACAGAAUGGGAGAAGGUGGCUCAGCUGUGUGAUUUCAACCCCAAGAGCAGCAAGCAGUGCAAAGACGUGUCCCGCCUGCGCUCAGUGCUCAUGUCCCUGAAGCAGACGCCGCUGUCCCGCUAGGUGCCUGUUACAAGCAUGGCCACAAAGCAUGGGCUGGGCCUGGGCACAGGAGGAGCAGCUGCUUCAGCCAGGGGGGGCAGCACCUCCAGCAGCUGCUACACACAGCCUAUUCCGUUCCUCCCCAUCUCCCGGGGCUGGGAAGGGAACCCUCACCCCUCUCACCCCAUUUCCUCCUAGCCCUGUGGCCCAGCCCUUCACACCUCCUCUCAGUCCACAAAAUUGUGACUGUCCCUCCUGACGUAUUUUUUUUUUCUUGGCUUAAAGGGUGUGUUGUUAA